AUGAUUGGUCACUACGUAUGCACAUUCUCUCUUUGUAGGGGAAAUUGUAUUCGUAGUCUGACCAACUACUGUAUUCUUUAUGCGAAUAUGGAACGUGAUCGGAAGCAACUCGGUAAACGAAAGCAUGGACGGCAGUCGACCGCGUCAAAGGAAAAGGUAGGUUCGUCUAAACGUUCGUGUUCACAGUCAUCUGUUAGCUCGUCACGUUGUUCGACGCCCUUACCGCAGGAACCUUGCACUAGUCAGGCGAACACCACACAAGAGUCGACUAGCGCAGAGUUUCGUCUAUUUGAGAAAGUGUGGAAGGAGUUAGGUAAACUACCCAUACCUAAAGCCAGUCCACACGUAGAAACUCUACCUUUUGUAGAUCUUUCGAAGCAUCCUCACCAAGUAGAUCCACACACACGUCCAGCUACCAUAUGCGAGUUGAUUUCAGCAAUUGCUCGAGGUCAUAAUCUUAAUCGCAGAUUUGAUUGUGCUGUUGAUAAUGAUCUUCAGGCGUUUGCAGUACCACGCGCAUAUCGUUCAGCUGUACACAUCACACAAUUACUCACACUAUCGCUUAAUCCGUCUCACAUCUUUAACCCUUCUCAAUUAGGACAACAUGAUUAUGUUCUAAUUGAUGCAUUCUUAUACUCUGAUUUCUUUAAGCAGGUACGCAGCAUUUUCACAAAGGAAGUCUACGUCCCUGAUCUUAAAGAUUUCACAGGUGCUCGCGUUAAAUACCUUCCCAUUCUCAUUAUUGCUAAGACACUUAUCGCACUUUCACAUUUCACAGAACAGGCACUUUCUUAUCUUAAGGAACUUUCCACAGCGCCUAAGCCAACGCCGCGAGAUCUUCUAGAGCGCCUAGGAACACUAUACAAUUACGCUGAAAACAUCACACAGCGUCGCAACUUAAUGAACACACAAUUGUUGCCUUUAGUUUUCCAGGCUUCACCAUCAGAUAUCGAACUCUUUACGAAUCUGUUGGCUGCUCAGGGAGUUACUUAUAAUAAGAUCGUUACCACCGUGUUAACUGCAGCUACAACACAUGCAGAGAUCACAACAACGUACGAUCUUUAUCAUAAGUUACUCUCAGAAUAUCUUCGCUCACAAUCAGCCGAAACGCUUAUAGAAGUCCAGGUAAGUAAAGCGUCUAUUCACAGUGUCUCAGCACCGACCACAGUCAUCCAUCCUUCUACAUCACAGUCAUCUUCUUCGCAACCUUCAUCACAGUCUCUGUCGCGGAUUCAACGCGACUCCUUUCAUAACAUCUAA